AUGGCACUUUGUCUUGUACCACUUCAAGAAAUUGAAGAUCAAUUUUAUAAUUUACGAGCAUCAUUAGAUUCACGACUAAAGCAGGAACUGCGUCAAUUAUUUUUACAUUUUCAAAAUCAUUGGAUGAUUGAUAUACCCCUCCAAAUGUGGAAUUUUCAUGAUACUCCACAUCGUACGAACAAUAUUUGUGAAGCUUUUCACAGCCGAUUGAAUAGACGUAUUGAACGUUCCUACACUGAAAAAAAUGAAGGUGUUCGACCAAACCCCUCAAAAAGGUUUCGUAGAUGCUCAAAACUUCCAAAUGUGUCGACAUGUUGA